CCUCCUGUAUCCUGUGUGCGGCUCCACAGGCAGAGCUCGGGAAGUUACACGAUUAUGUCUCCUAGUGCGGCUCUGAGGUGAAUGGACACAGUGUAGAGAUAAGACGGAGCUGACUACAAGGUUGUCUCCAGAAACAUGGCGGCGGGUUAGUUUUCUUCUCUGGCCUCUAGUGUCCGCAGGCAGUGUGGAUCAUAUCCGGGCUGGUGAGUGCAGCGUGGUGAUCUCUGCUGGGAAGUACGCACUUCUCUUCUGUUACAGAUCACAAUGGCUAAAAGUAUUAGAAGCAAAUGGAAGCGGAAGAUGCGGGCCGAGAAGAGGAAGAAAAAUGCUCCAAAAGAACUUGCCCACUUAAAAAAUGUUUUAGCGAAAGCCAAUGCAGACAUGUUGAUGGAUGAUGUGAAAGAUAUUACGACUGUGGUCACAGCUGAGAAGGUGAAGGAGAAGGCUGCUAUGGAAGCUGAACCUGCAGAAGGUGAUACCAUGAAGAUGGAAACAGAUGUAAAGCGAAAUAAGAAAAGUCUCCUAGAUGAGCAUGGCCAGUAUCCUGUAUGGAUGAAUCAGAGACAAAGAAAGAAGCUGAGAGCUCAACGUGGAAAAAAGAAGGGAAAAUCUAAAAACACAAAAGGACUUGCCUGGUAGAAUCAGAUCUAAUUAUAUACUAAGUGAAUGUAUAUAGUAUUGGUAAGAAGACCUCUACAGAAGUGCAACUGGAGAAGAAAAAUGUGGACAUUUUUCAAAAUAUUUUUUUUUAUUUUUCCUUUACAGUAAAAACAAAUUUACUUUUAGAUUUGUCUUUCAGUUUUGUCUAUUAUAAUUGAACUUAUUGAACAACUGCUUAUAAUGUU